AUGGCUGAGGUGGCAGAUUCAGGCCCGGUCGAGCCGCAGGCCCGCCAUAUCGUGUACUGUGGAGUGUGUACUCUACCCCCCGAGUACUGUGGAUUUGGAGGAACAGCCAAGAAAUGUGAAGAAUGGCUGAAAGAUGAAGAGCCGGAGCUCUGGAAUCAGUUACAUUCUGAAGAUGCUCUGAACGCCAAUUUGUCCGCCCUCUCGGUCUCCGCACAGGAGCGUGCCGCCAAAGACGCCGCCAAGAAGGAAGCCAAAGCUGCCCAGAACGAGGCGCGAGACGUCGAACGCAAGGCCGCGUCCAAGGUCAUCAUCAAGAGAGUUGAACGCAACAAGCGCAAGUACGUUACCGUCAUCUCAGGUCUGGAGGUCUUUGGCCUGGAGAACAAGAAGCUGGCCAAGGAACUGGGCAAGAAGUUUGCCACUGGUUCCUCCAUGACCCGAUCACCCUCGGGUACGGAGGAAAUCACCGUCCAGGGUGAUGUCAGUGAGGAUGUGGAGGAUUGGCUACUCGAGGUUUAUGGCAGCAAAGUGCCCGGGGCCAACAUCGAGCUGGUCGAGGACAAGAAGAAGAAGAAAGACCCCGCUGCCGUGUAA